AUGGUUCUCGAACGAAUUGGUGAUUCAGCUGGUAAAGUUUUGGAAAAUACUGAAGAAUAUCACAAUUAUGUUUCGUGCGAUGAUAAGAUAUGGAUUUUUAGCAAGAAAUAUACACCGCAGUCGACAUUCAAUUAUGGUCAUCGUAUAUCGUUUGGCGGCGGAUAUGCAGCUUCAUUCGAUACAAUCUCGCGCAAUUGGUCGCCAAAAAUCGAAUUUCCAGCUGUAUCACUCGAAGAGAACUUAGAAGAGAAAAUUUUCGUCCUCAAUUCAGCAAUUUUAAUGCUUUUAUAUAGCCACUUUGGUGGAAUUAAAUUUCAUAGUCUUUUCAUGUGGAAUAUUGAAAAAAUGCAAUGGAGUAACGUCGAUAAAUUUGUAGAAAGUAUCGAUAAUCCAGAUGCACAAGCAAAAUCUAAAUUGAUUAUCGUUCAUCAAAUCGAUGAAAUCGAUCGUAAAUCGAUGUUUUUCAUAUCUUCAAUAAGGAAUUCAUUAUACGUACAUAAACUGCUGUUCAAUAACAAACAUUCUGCAUCGAUUUCAAUAGUGAAUACGAUUGAAAAUUUCGAAAAAACACCUGUCGUUGCUGCACGGUGGAACAACGAAAUCUAUAUGUUUGGCGGAAUUAGUGGUUGUGGAUUUCGAUUUGAUCCUAAAUCGUGUUUCAUAAUUGAUAUCGCCAAAAAACAAACCCAAGAAAUUGAGAUGGAAAACGAUCACCCUGCGUUCUCAUUUAAUGGACCACGAUACAAUUAUGUGACAAAAAAUGGACGCUGGUAUCAUGCAACUGGAAUGACACAAGUCGGUAUGACUGGAUCAAUUUUUAAUGGCGAAAUUUGGUAUAUCGAUUUGAACGAAACAAUAAUAAAAUGGUUCAAGGCACCAUUAGUAAUUCCAAAAAUGGAUGUUGAUUUUAUGAGGAUUGAUGAAAACGAUUUUAUCUUUAUAGCCGAUAAGAAUGAAGGCGUUUUCAAAGGAGAAAUUGCUUCUUCUUGA